CGCCAUUACAACUCUUUCUUCCCCCCUCAUUUCGGAGGAACCUGACCUUCUAACUUCCUCUCUCUACGCAAUCAAGGAUCCGACCCUUUACAAUCGUUUAUCUCCCUUCUCGGCAUGGCGACCGACGGCGUGUCAAGGACGCUCACAUUCUGGGGAUUGGUGGGCGCAGUAAUGACUGCUUUGAAGCUCAAAGAGCAUUGGAAUGACUAUCAGGAGCUGUCUCAAGAGGAGGGUAGAAUCGCCUUGGGUUCACCGCCAGCAUACGACGAAUCUGUGCCUGCUAUAAAUCAACUUGACACCGAUAUUCCUGCUGCCAGGCCUAAGAGAAGGCGCUCUAAACAAUUUUGUAUGUGUUGUGGCCUGAAUUGCGGUAUAUUCUGGAAAGCCUUCGGUAUCGUGCUGGGCAUCUUCGUGCUAUGGAACGGCGUCAAGCUUAUCAUCUGGGCGAUGACACCAGCGCCUACUGGCUUGGAGAACAUGCCAGUCUACAGCACAUCCCUUGGCUGCAUGGCUCCUGCCGCCAACCUUCUCUACAACUCGACUUCAAAGCUUACCUACAUCCUUCCUGUGGAUUCCGACGACCAGGAGCACACCCUUGAUAUUCGUGGCGGGGCUGUCGGUACCCUGGUCCUUGCCCCAUACCCAGCAGAAGCUCGCGAGCAAUCCGCAAUCAAGUACGAAAUCAGCAUCCGCGCUGAUGAUGAAGCGCUGUUCGAAUUUGUCCAGGUCAACCCCGCUGCCGAUGGUAGCAAGUUCACCAUGAAGUCGCCCAUCAUCGCCCUCAUGCCGCUUGAGCAUCGGAAAUCUUGUAUGCGGUACGACAUGACUGUCUUCAUACCUCAGUCUCUGAAGAGCGUGGAGAUCAAGACGAGCGCUCCUACACACAUCAAAUUCGCCGACGUCCCAGAGACGGUAAUCCUGGACGAGCUGAACAUCCGGAUGUUCUCGAUGUCUGCUGUAACCGGCGAGAACAUGCUCCUCCCGAACAUGAACAUCCGGGCCAAGGACUACAAGCUCGAGGUGUACGCCGGCUGGAUCGUCGGUGACGUGCCGAUCGUCGAGAGCACGAGCCUCAGCACCUGGCGCGGCAAUGGUGUCCUGAACGCUCGCGUCCAGCCUGUCGAUGUGCAGCCGGGGUACGACGAGGACGAUGACGUCCCCGAGUUCCCUACCGCCAAAUUGAAUACGCAUACCGGCUCCGGGCGCACUGAUAUCACGUACUUGCAGCCCCGCAUCCACCGCCCGAUUCAUAGCAAGCAUGAAUCCUCGAGUAACGGAGAGCUGUAUCUGACGUACAAGGACUCGGGCUUCAGUGGCCCUGUCAACGUCAAGGCCAAGAACUUCUCGUUGCGGAAUGUCCAAGGCGGUAUGGGUUCCGGGCAGACGAUGGAUGAUAGGUGGGUUGGUGAUAAGGAGGGAAGUGACAAGCUGACUGUGAAGAGUGACCUUGGCUGGGUCGGCCUGUACUUCUAAGUCGGAUCGCUAUUUUCUACUUGAUCUAUCGGUGUUUUGUGGGAUUUGAAGCCAUGUACAUAGCUACGUACUCACUUAAUCAUUCGGACUUUGGUUGCAUUCGAUAGGGAAUAUCCCAGGCGGUAGACAUACAGAAGUUAGUGAUAUAUGCAGGUAAGUUAAGUACCGUCCAUUGCAACUGUACAUGUCCUCUAUAUAUGAUAGAAUAUAAAAUAGAAUA